UCCCUACUGAAAAUGUAGGUUAUAAUAUAAUAAAGGCAGAAACACAACAUUUACUCGCAGACGUUCUUCAAGAAUGGACAUACUGCCGGUCUGUCUCACGUUAACGAUAUGUUUCGUUCACGCAGGCAGCAGCAAUAAUAAUGGCACCAAUGAUAAACAAAUAAUUGAAGAGAAUGUCACAGAUUGCGUAGAAACCAACUAUCCCUCGAAUAUCGCACCUGAAAAAGCUGCAGGAAAAUGAAAAUGUCGAUGAAUGUGAUACAGUAUAUGAUAGUGCCAGGGUUUCUAAUGGCG